GUUACUCGAUUUGAUUGGAAGACGGAGCACACUCCCCUGUCAUACGUCAUUACUACGCUCCCCUCACCCGGACAGACAUGGCGGCGUACAUGAUCACUUCAACCCUGCGAAGAGUUUUGCUUGUUGCUAAGCAUGCCUCUUUCCAGUCCAGAUGCUGUGUGGCGGCCAGUCGAGUCCAGUACUCCACUGUUUAUGAUUCCAAUGAGAAGACCUUUGAUAAGAUCCUCAUUGCAAACAGAGGAGAGAUCGCCUGCAGGGUGAUGAAAACAUGUAAGAAGAUGGGUAUCAAAACAGUGGCGGUGCACAGUGAUGUCGACGCCAGCGCGGUCCAUGUGAAGAUGGCUGACGAGGCAGUGUGUGUAGGCCCCGCCCCCACCAACAAGAGCUACCUCAACAUGGACGCCAUCAUGGACGCUAUCAGGAAGACUGGAUCCCAGGCCGUGCAUCCAGGCUACGGCUUUCUGUCUGAAAAUAAAGAGUUUGCCAAGAGACUGGCUGCCGAAGACGUGGUGUUCAUAGGACCGGUUGCCAUCCAUGCCAUGGUAGACAAGAUCGAGAGCAAGCUCCUUGCCAAGGCAGCCAAUGUCAACGUCAUCCCUGGGUUCGACGGGGUAUCGAGGUGA